AUGGCCAGCGGCAAUCCAAAAUUAGUAGCUGCCUUGCGAGCUUGCCACGCAGGGCUCCGUCGUACCUUCCAAUCGUCCUCGCUAGUAGCAGCCCCGCUACCAUCCGUCCUGCAUCACCGCUGCCUGUCAUAUCUCCCCGCACUUGGCACCGCGAAACCCGCCGCCGAUGGCAGCACAUCAGCCCCUGGCAAAACCGGAGCUCCCCGCGUUUUCACAACCACCAGUAACAGCAGCAGCUUCGAAGAUGCCACGUGUCAGCUGGAAGUGUGGAGUUGGGGUCGCGGAGAUUCCGGGCAGUUGGGGCAUGGAGAAGAAAAUCCCGAGUGGGCCCCGAGGCGAAUCGAAUCUCUCUCCCUUGAGAUCUCUGCGCUAGCCGCCCCUGCAGCCGCCGCCGCCGCCGCCGCCGCCGCAGACGCGCUUCGGUUCGCAACAGGAGGUCAAGCAGCAACAGGCGCGAUCCGAAGCGCGUCUCUCAGUAGCCUUAAGGAGCAGCUACGAGCGGGCGUGUCUUGCGGGAUCAGCCACUCUCUCCUGUGGCUGCGCGGGAGGCUCUGGGUUUGGGGAAGAGGGGACGGCGGAAGAUUAGGUCUGGGGAAUGAGAUUUCCCUCUUCUCCCCAACCCUAAACCCUGAUUUUCCGGGGGAGACGGUAGUGCGCAGCGCAGCGGCUGGCGGGUUGCAUUCUUUGGCGGUUUCUGAGCGAGGGGAACUGUUCACGUGGGGCUAUGGCGGGUUCGGGGCGCUGGGGCAUGGGGAGUUUACCAGGAGGGACGUCCCCUGCCACGUGGCGCCCGCUGAUUGGCUGGAGGAGGGCGUGGAGAUUAAAUCAGCAGCAGCUGGGGGGAGCCAUACGCUGGGUUUAAGUACUAAUGGGAGGGUUUAUGCGUGGGGGAGGGAUGAGGGGGAAGGGCGGCUGGGUAUCCCCCAUAUAGUGGACGCGAUAGGAGAAGAGGGGUGCGUGCCUCGGCCAAUCCCGGUCGAGUUUCCGGCCUCCCAGGGCCUGCCACGUGGCGGAAUUUCAUUGGUCGCGUGUGGGGGGUUCUUCUCUGCUGCUGUGGACUGCGAUGGCGGCGUGUGGACGUGGGGAGGCAACCACAACGGCGAACUGGGGCGAGCAGCAUCAGGACUCGUCCCUGCUCGCAUCACCACCAUCACCGCUCCCAUUACACACCUAGCCGCUGGUGGUUUCCAUACUUUGGCAGUGGAUGACGAGGGUCGCGUGUGGUCGUGGGGGAGGGGCGGCAGCGGCCAAUUGGGGCAGCACUCGCUGCUGACUCAGCCAGUGCCACGUGUUGUCCCAGGAUUGGCUGGAGUGAAGAUCGCCAGGGUGGCAGCAGGGAGUGCUUGGAGCGCUGCUUUGUCAGAUGAAGGGCAACUUUUUGUUUGGGGAAAGAAUGCGGACGGGCAGCUUGGACUGGGAGCUGGGCAGCCCAAAAUUAUCGACAAGCCACACGAGUGGUUUUAG